UAUUUUUAUUAACUGUAUUUUGUUUUUGUAACAGAACAAUCUGCGUUAAGCCCAUCUCUAAGCCUGACAUUAAAAUCCUUCCUGCUUCUUCAGCUUCCUGCAUCCUGCUACGCCGCGACGCCGACGCUAGGGACCCACAUGUCUACGCCAUAGACUUCUUUUGUUUUUUCUUCUAAAACUAUUUUCAAUUACGACAUAUACAUGGCGUUGAACUUUACGUUACGAUUUUCAUUGCAAUUUGGUUAACUUUUCAAAUACCCUGUAUAACACAAAAAUUGUGAAUUCUUGAUCGCUGAAAUGGCAAAAAAAACCACAUUUUUUGCCAUUUCUAUUUUGAAACCUGACUGUGUGCCUAAGGAAAAAGGUCAUAAAGUGGAAAUUGAUAUUAAAGAAAAGAAGAAUAGUAAGGUUAUGAUACACCUUUUCAAACUUUCAAGUUUAGUAUUUUGUUUUCGUUUUGGAAGUUUAAAAUUUUGAAAAUAAGAUGAGUACAAUAAAUCAGAAAGAAUAUCUAAAGAAAUAUCUCAAAAUUGGAGCCAAGACAGGAGAGAAAAAGAAAAAGAAAAAAUCGGAGAAAACAGCUGGAACAAGAAUGAAAAUUAUAGAUGACGACGUAGAUACACUAUUAUCACAAGAAAUACAAGAUGAUAUAGAUGCUGCCAAUGAAGAUGCGCCUCAAAUAGUAGCAGUUAUUGAUGAAAGACCUCACUCAUUAAUUGUUGAUGAAAAAACAAACAAUACUUUAUGGAAGCCAAUAGGGCAAGCAUCAAAUAAUUCUGAAUUUCAAAAUUUUAAAAUAGGUAGUAUUAAACUAAACAAAAACAGAGAUGAUUCAGAGAAACAUAGAUUAUUGGGGACAAAAAGUUUUUCAAGUUCAAAACGAAACGAUAAUUUACCAUCAACAUCAACUUCCAACAAUUACAACAAAUUAAAAGAUAAACACGCAGUAUCAAAAGGAAAUGGUAAUUUUCCCAUAAAAGAAAGUACUUAUUCAUACAAUGAAAAAAAUUAUUCCCCUCCAAGAAGAGAUCAAGAUUAUUCACCUCAAAGAAAAAGAGAUAUAGACCAGUCUCCCAAAAGAAGAGAAGAAGAUUAUUCUCCUCCAAGGAAAAGAAAACAAUCUCAUUCACCUGUAAGAAAAAAAGAUCAAGACUCUUCUCCACGAAGAAAAGUAAACAAAGACUCCGACUAUUCGUCACCAAGAAGAGAUGAUAAAGAUUAUUCACCUCCAAGGAAAAGAAACAAGUCUUAUUCUCCAAGAAGAAAGAAAGACCAAGAUUGUUCUCCCCAAAGGAAAGAUAACAAAGACAGUGAAAAGGACUAUUCUCCACCAAGAAGAGACAAUAAAGAUUAUUCACCUCCAAGAAAGACUGAUAAAGAUUAUUCACCCCCAAGGAAAAGAGAUCAAGAUCAUUCCCCACUAAGAAAGAAAGAUCAAGAUUAUUCUCCUCAAAGAAAAAGAGACAAAGAUCUUUCGCCACUAAGAAAAAGGGAUCAAGAUUAUUCUCCUCAACGAAAAAGAGACAAAGAUCUCUCCCCACUAAGAAAGAAGGAUCAAGAUUAUUCUCCUCAACGUAAAAGAGACAAAGAUCUCUCCCCGCCAGGAAAAAGGGAUCAAGACUCUUCUCCUCAACGUAAAAGAGACAAAGAUCUUUCCCCACUUAGAGGAAAACAUUCUCCACCUAAAGACAAAUCCAGAAAGAAGAGAUCUAGAUGGGAGAAGGAAGACUCACCUGCAUCAAAGGAACCAAAUAAACCUGAAACAACCAUGAGUGGUAAGAAGUCUGGUCUUCAAAACGCCAAGAAUUUAGUAGAUGAGAUAGCUCGUUUACAAAAGGAAGAAGACGAGAUGUUUCAAAAAAUGUCAAGUGAGAUGUCAGGGUUCAAUGCUGCUCCUGUUGUUCGUAAGAGAAAACCAGAAGAAAUUGUGGAUCCAGAGAAAGAAGCAAGAGAAAAGGAAUUAAAAGAAAAGUAUCAUGUUUGGGGUAAAGGUGUAAAGCAAGUUGAGGAUGAAAGCCAAAGAUAUGCUGAACAACAAAAAGAGAUGAACAAGCCUUUAGCUAGAUAUGCAGAUGAUGAAGAUUUGGAAAGAUAUUUGAAGGAACAAGAAAGGGAAGGGGAUCCUAUGCUGGCCUAUAUAAGAAAAAAGAAGAAAAAAGUUGCAGUAGAACAUGGAAUUCCAGAGAAACCAAUGUAUAUAGGAGAUUUUAUGCCAAAUAGAUAUGCAAUUCGUCCUGGCUACAGGUGGGAUGGAGUUGACCGAUCUAAUGGAUAUGAAAAGAAAUGGUUUGAAACACAAAAUGCGAAACAAGCUAUGCAAGAAGAAGCUACUAAAUGGAGCCAAGAAGAUAUGUAAAUAUUAUCUUUAAUAAAAUAACUUUUGUUUUA